AUGAGUGCCAACGGCUUUCCAGCCCAGAGAGGCACAUCCCCUUCUUCAGGGCCCUCUCUGAAGCGCAGCGCCAGCGUGCUUCAUGAGAGCGACCAUGAGCAAGAUACUGACAGCCACCCACCCAACAAAUCUGGCGGCAUCCGUUACGGCCCACCCCGUCCCAUCAAGAAACCCCUGCCCAAGAUCCUCUACACAGAGGCUAUGGUUCGAGGUGCCAUGAGAGGCGAGCUUGUCCACACGCCGGCCCUAAAGAGCCUGAUGGAUUCCAUUGAAGUCGACAUGCGCUUAACUGCCCAGAUUGCAGGUCGUCAUUUGGGAUCCAACAUUCACUACUCCAAGAUGAAGAGCAUCUUGAAGCAGGGCCAGGACGAGAUGAUUAACCUAGAGCGUUAUCUCUUGUCCGAAGCCUUCAUCAGAACAGACAUCUGGAACCCGACCCGCCUGCAGGAGUUCUUUGAGAUGGUGCAUACCUAUGGCCUGGAGAGAGAGUUGCGCGAUACAUACUGGCAGAAGAACCAGUUGGCUCAUCCGGCCAAGAUCCAGAGGCUUUAUGGGUUGAUCAGCAGACCGCUCACUCACCCCAACCUCGACAUUGGCCUUGCUGACCAGAUUGAGAAAUGGGCAAAGGACAUCAUGAGCCGCUCAGUCUUUGUUCCUCGCUCCGACCAUCCCAUCAUCCGCAGUGCUGUGGCCAUCAUGAACAUUGCCGAGCAGCAGUCAAAGGAAAACAUACAGGUCUGGGAAAAGUUCCAAGAGGGUCCCAAGAGAGUCACUCAGAUCUGGAUUGCGUGGUGCCUUGCGCGCAACAAGGAAUGGGCUGAGACCACAUACCUUGCUGCCAUCAUCCUGGACCGCGGUCACAAGAACAGAAUGAUUGCCAACUGCUUCCGCCGAGAGAACAGCUCCUUGCUCAAGCUGGUCAGCAACGGCUACAACAAGGAGGCCUGCAGCCACUGGCGAGACAUGCACGGCAAGUGUCAUGUCAUCUCCAUGCAGGAGCUGAUGUCACGCCCUGUUGUUGUCAAAAACUUGCUACCUGACAUCUCUUCUGUAUCCUCAGCUCAGAAGGAGACUCUUCCAUCCCCAACCCAGAAGAAGACUUCUUCAGUUUCUUCGGCCCAGCAGCAGAAGGCUCCUUCCCUUUCCGCCUCUCUUGCUUCUGCCUUCGAAUUGCAAAAGACCCCCCACAACGCCAACAAGACUGCCAAACCCUUGCCUCCCAAGGUUGUUUUGUCCGCCAAGGCCAAUCAGAUUGCCUCUUCCUCUCAGCACCAACUCGCCCCCAGCCGUCCGACUCCAUCCAAGCAGAACCCCAUCGUCGUAAGAUCGAGCCCAGUCAGCGCCAUCGGACGAGACCGUACACCGGAAGACAUGGUCCGAGACCUUCAAAUCUCUGACCCUUCCCCCAUCAAGAAGCGCCGCGACAACGAGUGGAAGCAACAGCAGUCGAAGCAGGGCGAGAAGAUGGACCGCUCCGAGAUGAGCCAGCCCCAGGCUAAGAAGCGCAAGACCUCUCAUGUUGACACCUUUCGUCAUGCAGAGGCCGGAGUUCAGCGACAAACCAGUCCUUCGCCGGCUCUGAUGACCAUGGCUGCCCCCGCCGUACCCGCUCGUCCAGUCACUUCCGUCGAUAACACCGCGGCUAGUCCUGCUCUCGUCGCUUCCGCGGCUACUGACUCCGCGGCCCUUUCUUCUACGGCCUUUGGCGCGCCUCCUUCUGCUAUGGCUCCUGCUUCUGUUCUCACGAUGGCUUCACCUCCUCCCACCCCUACCUAUCCACUCACUCAAUGGAUGAGCCAGCCGUUCAGCCCUGUUGAUCUCACGAACAUGGUGGCCAUGCGACUUUUUUCUGGAAACUCUGGCUUCUCCUUCAACGGUCGAACUGUCACUGCAAAGACGGAGCGCGAAAUCAUUGAGGAGACAAGUGACAAAAUCGAGAAGAUUAUCGACAGCAAGCUUUCCCCCUUCCUUGAACGCCUCGAUGCCAUGUCUAGCGACAUCAAGGCCAUUGGCGACAAGCAGGCUAUUUUAGAGAAGACCAUCACGCAGAAAGUUGACGACCAGAAGCAUUCCUGUGAUGGAAAGCUGAUUGCUUUGGAGAAUACCGUCUUGAAGAAGUUGGACGACCACGUUCAGGAGAUCAAAGAUCAACAGGCCGCCUCUGAGCAAGCUAUCAUCAAGCAAACGGAGGAUCAGCACACCAUUCAAAGCGACAGGCAGACUGCAUUCGAGCUAGCCAUCAUGAAGAAGGUAGAUGGUCAGUUCGAGUUGCUCCAGAAGCAGUACGAAGAGCAUUACGACGCGCUCAAGGCCAGGGUCGACCGUGGAGAGAAGAAGCGCGGCAGACCCUCGAACAACGACAAGGCGGCUGACACCAUAACCUGCGCGUCCAUGGCCGAUUCGACUCCUCCGCGUCGACGCAAGAACCACUGA